AUGGCUUUAGGGAUCGCGGCUGCUUACCGUACCGCGCCCACAAAAGACCUGUUUGUAGUUGCGAGCACCCCGCCGCUGAGACUGUUGGUAGAAGAAAGGGCCGUGGGGAGAACCAGAGACGAAACAAUUCAUAUUUCGCAAGGCGAGUGGGAAACUCGAACCUCAUGGACCCGUACCUUUAUAAAAGAUGUAAAACCAUGGAUCAAAAGAAACCACGGAGAAAUAAACUAUUGGGUGACCAAGCUCCUAAUUGGGCACGGAGAAGUCGGAGUAUACUUAUUCAAAAUCAAGAAAAGGGAAACAGAGGACUGUAGAGACUGCGGGCAGAGAGAUAGAGAAGGCCACGCAGUUUUCGUGUCCGAGGUGGGAGGCGGCUCGCCGGAGACUGGCGAUAGUAAUAGGAGAGUUGGUAGAGGAGGCGAACCUGGUCGCGACAAUGCUAGAAAGCCCGGAGAAGUUGGAGAAGAUAAACAGAUACAUUGA